AUGUCAUCAGCCGGAUCGCCACGCAAAACAGAAAAUCUAACACGCAACCCAGGGUUAGAAAAUGCACCAGACAUGCUGCAAUCUAUAAUUGUCGCAGUAGCGGAACUGCAUAUAUUUGAUGGGGAUUCUGGAAUAUUCUUAUUACAGUCUCCAAGAGUAGAGGCUGCGUUAUUUAAGGAAUCUUCGUACAAAUAUUGGCUUUAUGUCGCUGAUGAGGACAGAAAGCAUGUUGGACAGAUAGUACAGCCAAAUAUGCAUGCUACGUUUAGUACGUCACAUAGAUGUCUAGUAUGGUGCUUCUACGACGAAAAGGGACGCGUCUAUUCUUGGCUACUGCGAUUCAACGACAGAGAGAUGCAAGAGCGAUUUAAAGAUGCCUUUGUACGUGCAAUGUACGAGAGUCUUAACGAAAGCAAUUUCAAUGCUAUAAAGCCAGAGGAUCAACAAUAUAUCAUCAGUGCAUAUGAAGAGGAUGUCGAGAUGCAAGAUGUAGAAUCCGAAGAAGAAGAGUCCGAUGAAGAAGAGAGCGAAUCAGAGGAAGAAGACGAGUCGGAAGACGAAUCCGAAAAUGAGAGCGAUGCUGACGAGUUUACGCGAAAGAAGGAUCGAAAUAAAUAUCUUGCAGUUGGUUCCAAGAACGACAGGUCAUUUGUUGUUAAAGGCGGCGCUGUUGGUGUAUUCAAACACACCAAUGAUGACAAGCUGGAAUUCGUUGCUGCCAUUGGCGACUUGGCUAAACCAUCGGGAGAGACUAUUGCUCCGUCCAAAGUAAUGCUCCAUGAAGGGGAUUCGUCAAUGGUCUUACUGGACGAAAAGGACGAACAUAGUUUAUACAAAAUGGACAUCGAAUAUGGGAAAAUAGUCGAUGAAUGGAAAGUUCAUGACAUUAUUCCCGUCGUCAACGUCGUACCCACUUCCAAAUUCGCUCAAACUACAGACGAGAAAACCCUCAUCGGCAUCUCUCACAAUUCCCUUUAUCGCAUCGAUCCACGUCUUCCUGACUUUAAACUGGUUGAUAAUGAACGUAAACAGUAUACCACCAAAAACCAUUUUACGUGCGCUGCGACGGAUGAAAAAGGUCACAUUGCUUUGGCGAGUGAGAAGGGAGAUGUGAAACUAUUCGAUAGACUAGGGAUAAAUGCAAAGACAAACUUGCCUAAUAUUGGUGAUCCGAUCAUUGGCAUUGAUGUCACUGCUGAUGGGCAGUGGGUUAUUGCUACCUGUAAGCAGUAUCUGUUGCUGAUUGAUACACGGUUGAAGGGAGGUGAUCACGAGGUGAAGACUGGAUUUGAAAAGUCAUUUCCAAAGGAUAAGAAGCCAAAGCCACGAAAACUGCAACUUCGACCUGAGCACAUCGAACAAAUGGGCGUUGAAGUAUCCUUUACUCCAGCCCGCUUUAAUGUUGGCACAUCGGAAACUGAGAAAACAAUCGUCACAAGCACUGGUCCCUUUGUAAUUACGUGGAACUUUCGACGGGUCAAACAAGGAAAGACGCGUGAUUAUCUCAUAAAAAGAUAUGGGGAAGAUGUUGUCGCUGAUGACUUUAAAUACGGCGGAGACCGAUCGAUUGUUGUUGCUUUUCCUCAUGAUGUUACUGCAGUAAAAAAACAAUAUCUCCGUGCGCCUACAAGGGAUGCGUUGUCGCCCACUAAAAACGUGAGUUUAUGA